AUGCAAAGUGUCUCCAUCUUGACGAUCUAUGAGGAACCCGCUCUGUGCUAUGCUGGAACGCUCAAGAUCCCGAGGAACAUGGAUGUCAAGGGGCUCCGUGGGAGAGUACAUCGUCAACUACACAAGCAUUUCGCUCAACGGGAUCACGAAUUUGUGAAAGCGGACAUCUUGCAUCCUAAUCCUGACGCCAUUCUCCUCGCAACCGACCAGUCUUCGUUUGCGGCAUUCGAGGACGGAGACAAGGUGAUACACUUCGAAGAGUCUGACCAACUCUACGCCUUCGUUCCAGCAGCGUUCAAGAACGAGACUUCUGGUCGUCCAUCCACAGCUGCAGCUGGUGUUAGCCUAACGGCCCUCCAGCUCAACCAGCUUCAAAGCUUGGUCAUCGACCCAAUGGGCAGAAGGAUCCAGGAACUUCAACACAAAAAUGCCGCAGCGCAGGAGAGGCGCAACCAGGAUGUUGCAAAGGAAAGAGAACAGAAAGCAAAGGUGAAGAAAGAGCUGAAAGAGGCGGAAACCCUUCAUGAGACUACUGUGCUUGAGAUGGCGAAACAGCGCAGUGAUCAGUUCGGUCUGCUAAUGGCGCGCAUGGAUAGGAUGGAGGUGGAGCACAGAGAGAUGGACGAGAGGCUUCGAUGCGAGAAAGACGAGUUGGAAGAGAGGCUUCGAUGCGAGAACGACGAGUUGGAAGAGAGGCUUCGAGGAGAGAAGGAAGAGUUGGAAGCAAGGCUUAGGAAUGAGAAGGAUGGUCUUGAGGAUAGGCUGAUGUCGGAGAUCAAGGACUUGAAGGAGCAAGUUGGCGAGCUUGAGAACGCACUCACAAGCGCUCUCAUUGACCAGGACUUGACGCCGAUGCACUGCAUCCGUCUGAGGGCGCUUUUGGAUGAUGUUCAAGGCGACCUCGCCAAAGCGGUCUCAGCCCACGCAAACCCUCCUCCUGGACUUACCCCUAACGACGCAGGAACUUCGUGGGCCUGGCGUGCAUUGCUAGACGCCGAGUCUAAACAUGACGGUGCCCGCAUCAAGUACGCUCGCUCGCUGCUCAAGAAUCUUCCUCAAUUCGCUUCUCUACACGACUCGGAUGCAGCAAUGACAGUGAUCUGCCAGCGUCGGUCAGCCAUACGUCGACUCGGGAACGAUAUGGCGCAUCGUUCCUUGAAGGGUGCAAAUCAGAUUUCGGACCUGCGAGGGGCAGUAGUGGAAGAGAAUGGAAAGCUUGCAGGAUUUCUAAAAAGGAGGUGCAGCUGGGGAUGGGAGUCAUUCUUGAAUUUUGGGACGCAGACGCAGCCCGCCGCAAGUUAA